AUGGUCAAUCUAGGACGCUAUGUCCCAAUCAGCUACGAUUCGGACGAUUCAGACUUCCCCCCAACUCGCUUCGCCUGCGCCUUUUGCUGCAAAGAAUUCGGCACAUUCAAAGCGCUUCACCAACACUGCCGCAUGACCAGUCGGCACGAGUGGUGCGCCAGAUGCGACCGUGCAUUCUGCCACGAACGCGCACUGGCCGCGCAUGUCCGAUACUCCAGCUCCCACCACGAGUGUCCACGAUGUGACUUUGACUUUACGACUGCGGCCGGGUUAAACACGCACCGGGCCGAGGCGCAUCACUGGUGUGUUGAUUGCGACGAGUAUUUUCAGAAUAAUAACAGCCUGCGGAUGCUCAUACCGCAUCCACCAUUAGCAUCGAUUAACCCACCGCCCCCGCAACCUCCAAUGUUACGGCUGCUCCUGGCUAUUCCCCUGCUUUUCCGCAAUGCGGAUCCACCUCGAAGCCGGGACGUGCUCCAGCGGAGUCAACACCGGCGUCGUUAA